AUGCCUAGAAUGGAGGUAGAAAAGACGUUCAGCUAUCCUCUAGAGCUUACUCUCAAAAAUUAUAAUGAUCAAAUUGUCGUUGGAUUUGGACAAAGGGAUGGAAUCAAAGUUGGUCAUGCAGUGUUGGGUAUUAAUGGGAUUGCAGCACAAGGACGUAGCUUGGAGGAUGGCAGGGAUGUUUUGGAAGUAAUUGCUAAUGAGGAAAACUACCCUUUGGCUAUAAAGUUUGGCAGGAACAAACUAAGCACAAAUGAAAGACUGGUUCUGACAGGCAUGUUCCACUCAUUAUUUGCGAUUGGUUCCCAACUAUCCCCAGAAACAAGGUCAUCUGGCAUUGAACUGAUAGAAACAGAUGUCUUCAAACUUCAUUGUAUGCAGACACUGACAGGGAUCAAGUUUAUAGUAGUGACAGAUAUUAGACAAGUUGGAGUGGAAAGCCUGUUGAAGAAACUAUAUGAAGUCUAUGCUGAUUAUGCACUGAAGAAUCCAUUUUAUUCCAUAGAUAUGCCCAUCAGGUGUGAUUUAUUCGACAUCAACCUACAAUCUGCAAUAGAACAAUCUGAGCGGACUGGGAUCAGUAAUGUAUAG